AUGUCGUUUGUCAAUGCCCACAUCAUUGUCAGCGCUGCCGCCGCUUUCCGUCCUCUUCUCGGAAUCGAUCCUUAUAACAAGAAGAACGUCGACACUGCUCUUGAGAACCUUGCUUCUUUCACUGCUAUUUUGGAGUCGCACCUUGUCAAGAACACUUACCUUGUUGGUGAGAGAGUCACUGUUGCCGAUAUCUACGCUGCUGGUGGCAUUGUUUCCGCUUUCAAGAACCUUUUCGGUGCUGAGUGGAGAAAGUCCCACCCUGCUAUCACCCGUUGGUUCACUACCUUGUUGCACACUCCUUACUACGCCAAGGACUACGCUAACUUCGAGUUCAUUGCUGAGCCUGUUAAGUACACUCCCCCUAAGAAGGAGGAGAAGCCCAAGCAAGAGAAGAAGAAGGAGGAGGCCAAGCCUAAGGCCGCUGCUGACGACGAGGAGGAUGAGGCUCCUAAGGAGAAGAAGGCUGCCCAUCCUUUGGCCGCUCUUGGCAAUCCUAAGGUCCCUAUUGACAACUGGAAGCGUGUCUACUCUAACGAGGAUACCCGUGAGAAGGCUCUUCCCUGGUUCUUUGAGAACUACGACGCUGCCGACUACUCUUUGUGGAAGGUCGCUUACAAGUACAACGACGAGCUCACUCUUACUUUCAUGUCCAACAACUUGAUUGGCGGUUUCUUCAACCGUCUUUCUGCCUCGACUAAGUACCUUUUCGGUGCUGCCGUCGUGUACGGAGAGAACAACAACAACGGUAUCGUCGGUGCCUUCCUUGUCAGAGGCCAAGACUACGCCCCUGCUUUCGACGUUGCUCCUGAUUGGGAGUCUUACGAGUACACUAAGCUCGACAUCUCCAAGCCCGAGGACAAGGAGCUCCUCGGUGACUUGUGGGCCUGGGACAAGCCUUUGGUCAUCAACGGCGAGAAGAGGGAGAUUGCCGACGGUAAGGUCUUCAAAUAA